CCCAUUUCUGACGGGGGCCAGCCCCAUAGGUCUUUGAGCCAGCCUCUUUCUUCCCCCUCCUGUCCUUGGGACACCAGAGCCCAGUACAACAUGGAUCUGCCCAUCAGCUGAGUUGGGGAAGUUUGAUCCCACCAGAAAUCAUGGAGGGAAACAACUACACGAAUGUCUUGCCUUCCCGGGCAUCAUCCACAAGGUCAACAUCCAUCACAUCAUCCCCCAUAAGGUCAUCAUCAACGAGGUCAACAUCCAUCACAUCACCCCCCAUAAGGUCAUCAUCAGCGAGGUCAACAUCCAUCACAUCACCCCCCAUAAGGUCAUCAUCCACAAGGUCAACAUCCAUCACAUCAUCCCCCAUAAGGUCAUCAUCAACGAGGUCAACAUCCAUCACAUCACCAGCAAGUUCAUCCCCUGCCAGUGCAUCUCCAAUCAGAUUGGUUAGAUCAUCCCCAGUGCGAUCUGCUGUUAGACCAACCCCUACAAGGUCAUCUCCAGCCACACGAGCAGCCUCAGAAAGCAGAAGUGUCUCUAUGCCCAAGAUCACCUGGCAAGGGAGCCAGAAGAGACUUACCCUCAUUGGCUGUAUCCUGCUACUCAUCGCCUUGGUCAUCGCACUCAUCCUGUUGUUUUAUUUCUGGAAAGGUCACACAGCAAUCAAGUACAGGGAGCCCAUUGAGAGCUGCCACAGGAAUGCUGUGCGCUGUGAUGGGGUUGUGGACUGCAAGCUUAAGAGUGAUGAGCUGGGUUGUGUGAGGUUUGACUGGGACAAGUCUCUACUUAGAGUCUAUUCUGGAGUGCACCGACAGUGGUUGCCUAUCUGCAGUGCUGGCUGGAACAAUUCCUACUCUGAGAAGAUCUGCAGACAACUUGGCUUUCAGAGUGCUCACCACACAGGUGAAAUUACUCACCAAGAAUACACCAGUAGUUACGUUGUGUCUGAGUACAACAAUACCAUCCAGGAGAGCAUCAACAGGUCUGACUGCCCUUCCCAUCAGUUCGUCUCUCUUCAGUGCACCCGCUGUGGUAUGAGAGUGAUGACUGGGCGGAUUGUGGGUGGGGCCCUGGCCCCUGAGAACAAGUGGCCCUGGCAAGUUAGCCUACACUUUGGCACAACCCACAUCUGUGGGGGCACCCUCAUUGACGCCCAGUGGGUGCUCACAGCUGCCCAUUGCUUCUUUGUGACCCGAGAAAAGAUCCUAGAGGGCUGGAAAGUGUAUGCUGGGACUACUAACCUGUUCCACUUGCCCGAAGCAGCCUCAGUCUCCCAGAUUAUCAUCAAUUCCAACUACACUGAUGAGGAGGAUGACUAUGACAUUGCCCUCGUGAGGCUUGACAAGCCCCUGACCCUCUCUGCUAGCGUCCAUCCCGCCUGCCUCCCCAUGCAUGGGCAGACCUUCAGUCUCAAUGAGACCUGCUGGAUCACUGGCUUUGGCAAGACAAAGGAAACAGAUGAGAAGACUUCCCCUUUCUUGCGGGAGGUUCAGGUCAAUCUCAUCGACUUUAAAAAGUGCAACGACUAUUUGGUCUACGACAAUUAUCUGACUCCACGGAUGAUGUGUGCUGGGGACCUUCGAGGAGGGAGAGACUCCUGCCAGGGGGACAGUGGGGGGCCACUGGUGUGUGAGAAGAACAACCGAUGGUACCUCACAGGCGUCACCAGCUGGGGCACAGGCUGUGGCCAGAGGAACAAACCUGGUGUAUACACCAAAGUGACGGAAGUCCUUCAUUGGAUUUACAGCAAAAUGGAGGGUGAGGUGUGGGACCAGAAGUCCUAAGCAACUUGCAGGGCAAGCCAGACCAUCUCACAGCCUUGACUGUGAAGGCUCUACCUCUGAUUGAAGCUCCAGGGAUUACUCCAGUAUCACCUGGAAAUGUGGGCCCAACAGAUGUUCUUCAGUAACUUUAUUAUCUCCUUCAAUGUGUGUGUAUGCAUGAACAUGUGUGUAUGUUUGUGUGUGGAUGUGUCCCUGCUUUCCCAAGCCUGGAGCAGCAGUGGUAUAAAAUGGAAAAGGAGCUAAUUUUCUAACCAACUGGAAAAUAUUGGGAGUGAUGACCCUGAAUCCCAUAGACUUUUCCAACAGGGCUGCCCACACCGGUUUAGAGAAGGAAAGGGGUUGAUAUGGAGACCACCCAAGUGGGUGGAUCUAGUCAUCAGAGUCAUGGAGGAGCUCUGGAGACACCUUCAAUGACUCUGACCAUUCUCUUGCCCUUGUCUUGAUGCCUGCUGGAUUGUGGCACCAGGACAAGCUGACAAAGGUGUGCACAACAGAAGUGCCACCUAAAUUGCCUAAAUUGUUAGGCUGCAGCCACACUGGGGGUGGGAUGUCAGGGGAGUGUAUGUGGAGAGUCCUUGAAGCAAAGUCUCUCUUAGUGCCCAGAUAAUCUUUUUCCAGAAGGAAUGUUCUUCUGGUUCUGCAAUGAACACCUAGUAAAAGUACUCCAGAACUCUCCUCAUUGUCCUCCUAAUGCUUCAGUAUGGUCAUCCAGCCUCAUGACUGUCAAAGGAAGCAGCUGCUGCUUAGCCAUGUCAGGGCUGUUUCCCCUUUUUUUCCCCUUAAAGAGCUGGAAAGGAAUUAGAGAGAUUUUUUGAGUGCAGGGCCACAGACUUUGUGGACACAGGAGAGCCUCAGAGGAAGAUGAGUUGGCAUCUUCCUCUGAGGCUCUCCUGUGUCCACAAAGUCUGUGGCUAGAUUUUGCUGGAAAGUGUCUGACUGGAAUUCAGAGUCCAAUGCAUCCCCAAGGGAUGCCCCUAGGGCUCUUCUAGACCUGCUUCUGAGGUACCUGGCUUCUCCCUUGGCUGCCAACAAACAUGUGAAAGAUUCAAGAACUAGAUGUCACAAAGACAUGGAUCCUUGCCCAGGAUUCUGAGAAUCCAUGGCAAAAAUGGACAGAUACAUCUUUCAUAUCAAGGGCCUGCACUAAGCCUUCAGUGCCUUAAGAUCUCAUCCAUACUUUCCUCAUCUCUUUGGGUCUGAGAAUGAAUGUAGCACAUCUAUGUGUGUGCUCCAGUGCCAAGGAGGUAACGCCUGGCAUGUAUCCCCUUGCUCUCACCUCCCUACAUAGCUAUUUCUGAGGAUCCAAGCUGGCUUGAUCCCAGAAGACACUAGUAGGGCCUGCCCCUUACCUCCCUCUAGAUGCUGAAGACUUGAACAAAGUCUUUAUCUCUUCUCCAAUACUUCUCAUUCUCCUGGAAGCUACCUCUAUUUUUUUUUAAGAACCAUUACCUUCUGUCUUAGAAUUGAUACUAUCAUCAGAAUUGAUAGUAUCAUCUCCAAUGCAGAAGAACAAUAAUGGCUAGGUAAUUGGGGUUAAUUAGGAAGUAUCUGAUGUCAAAUUUGAACCCAGGAGCUCCUGUCUCUAGGCCUGGCUCUCUAUUCACUGAGCCACCUACCUGCCUGAAGCUACCUCUUGUUUACAGACUGGCCUCCAAGGCCAGAAGACAGGACCUGCACAUGCAGAAAAGGAAUAUGUGUCUCCCUGCUCUCCACCAAAAGAAUCAGAUCUGGGAAACCAGCACUUCUUUGCCCCCUCCCCCCAAGGCCAUUGCCAUGUGUAGGGGGUGACGGCCCCUUUCCUAGGCAGGUAUUUUACACCAGCCAUGGCUAGUGCUCAUCAGAAUGACCUUCAGUAAUAAAACUUGUCCAACUUCAAGGAAUUAUGUCCCACUAUGGACCCCAAGGACCUCCUUCCUAGCCCAGAGCAGCUUUGCAGUGCUUCCCUUUCACAGUCAUGAGGCUGCCCAGUCACAUUGUCGUAACAUGGUACCAGGACUUGGCAGGAUAGUCCCAGAUUCUGGCUUCCAUCUCCUUCCACCCACCCCUUCCCUUAAUUUCCCUAUUUCUGUCAAAAGUAACAGCAUCCUUCCAGAUCCCUGGGCUCACAGUCUCAGUGAUUGGUCCCCUACUUUCCAUUCACACCAUAAUUAUCCUGUUUCUUGUUUUUCUUGUUACUUGCUGCCUCUCUGUUUCUUGUCUCUCUCCUCUCUCUGAUAUAACCUCCACACAGCUGCCAAACUGAGAUUCCUAAAGCAUAGUUCCAAUCACACAACGCCCCCUGUUCAAGAACCUUUCAGUGGCUCCAUAUGGCCUCUACUGAAAAUUAAAAUACAAUCUUCUUUGGCAUUUAAAGCCUUUCACAGUCUGGCUCCAACCUCUUUCCAGACUAAUCUCACAUUACUUUCCUUCACACUCUCAACAUUUCAUCCCCCAGCUUUGUACCUGAAAUGUUCUCUCUGUUCACCCACCUCUUAGAAUCUCUAACUUCCUUCAAGGCUCAGCUGACAUGUUGCCUCCUACAAUAGGCCUUCCCUGAUUUUUUCCAGUGUUAGUGACCCCUUGAAAUGGCUUUAUAUUUAUUUUGUAUGUACAUUUUUAUUUACUUACUGGUGUCCUUGUUGCCUCCCUAGUAGAUUGUAAGCUCUUUGAGCGCAGAGAUUGUUUGAUUUUGUCUUUGUAUUUCUAGUUCCUAACACAGUAUGUGGUACAGUGAAGAUGGUUAAUAAAUGUUUCUUGAGAGAAAUUGACAAAAUGAA